CUUCGUUCUUGUUGGAAACUACUACUACUACUACUACUACUUUUAUUAGUCUAUCACUACUACUACAACUACUGCCUUCUAUCAACACCAUAAAAUAGACUCACUCCAACAACUUGCACACACAUAGCACAAUGUCAUUUUACCAUCAAAGUUCCGACCUCUACCACCACCACACUUCCAUUAGCAAAAAGCCGCAUUCCUGCGAGAUCGAGAUGGCAGAAGCAUCGUCGUUGUCAAGUUCACCCUGUCCGGCUUCUAUGGCGUUGGACAGCCCGCUUUCGACAGCGACAUAUACACCACAAAACUACGUUUUUUCUCCACAACUGAUGGUUGCACCACCAGUAAAAUUUGGGUAUGGUAAAAAAGUUGAUUUCUUGGCUCGCUUGCCAUACGAGCUUUCGCAUCGAAUUCUGUCACUCUUGGAUUUCAAAUCAUUGAUAGCCGUAUCUGGUGUAUCCCAGCGAUGGCGCUCUCUCUAUUUUGACAAUGAUAUCUGGCGACGAAUGAUGAGCGAGCGAGGCUGGGGCGUGCAGCUGCCCCAAGGGAUACAAUCCUGGGACGAUCAGCGGAUCAAUUGGCACUACUUAUACAAGCAAAAGUAUCAGCUCUUAAAACGAUGGACAAUGGGCCAAGUCACAUCACACUUUAUCAUGGGUCAUCAACAAGGCGUCUAUUGUCUCCAAUUCGACGACGACAAACUCAUUACUGGAAGCCGGGAUCGGACGAUCAAGCUCUGGGACCUGAAAACCUACCAAUGUUUUGAUACGCUUCAGGGCCAUAAGGGCAGUGUCCUUUGCUUAAAGUACAACAAAGAUUUGAUGGUUUCUGGAUCAUCCGAUUCAAGCUUAAUCGUAUGGGAUAUGCAAACAAAACAAAUGGUUCGACAACUCAAUGGACACGAAGGUGGCGUACUGGAUAUUUGCUUUGAUGACCGCUAUAUCGUAAGUGGCUCUAAAGACACUACUAUCCGGGUAUGGGAUAUUCGCAGCGGUGAGCUUGUCCGAGUGAUCCAUGGACACCGUGGCCCUGUGAACAGCGUCUGUUUGUACGGCGAUCAGAUCAUUUCUGCGUCGGGAGAUGCAACCAUUCGUAUGUGGAACAUCACGACUGGCACGUGCAUUCGCCAGUUUGUUGGUCAUAUGCAUGGGGUGGCCUGUGUUCGUUAUGACGGCAAAACUAUUGUAAGUGGGUCGAAUGACCGCACUAUUAAAGUCUGGGAUGCAGAGACUGGAAAGAAUACAAUGACACUGAUGGGUCAUACCGAUCUCAUACGAACACUCCAAUUCGCUAACAACAAGAUUGUGAGCGCCGGUUAUGACCAUAGCAUCCGUGUAUGGGAUAUGAGCACUGGUAAAUGUCUGUUGGAAUUUCAAAGUACUCAAUCCACUAGCCGUAUCUUCAACGUUCAAUUCGACAAGAAUCGUAUCAUUAGCACCCGACAAGACUGCAAGAUUCUAGUAAUGGACUUUGCAGAUGGUCUUGACACUCGAUACCUCCAAUGAUUUUUUUGUACAUACUAUAUUUCCCCAUCAAGCAAGCAACAUCCAAGAAAUACCUCCCAUGCCAUCUUUAUUAGUAGCACCGAUAUUCUCAUUUUACCACAUAGUAUACAACAGAAACAAGAAGAAAUAACGUGCCCAUCUCUAGCAUCUCCAAAAUUUCGCAACUGCAUUGACCACCCCAAAUAUCUUGUUGUCGGCUAUAUUUUCUUAAUAACAGCUCCUUCCCAGCUUUCAACAGAACACCAAGAAAUACUUUUCCUCUGUACUUUAGUCUAAACUCGCAUUGUACAUAUCAUCUCUCUCCUUCUGCCCCAACAUUAUCUUAAUUAUUAAACAAAAAAAAAGCAAUCGUUUAUA